UAUCUUUCUGCUCUGAAUCUUGCUAGGCAGGAGAAGAAGUUCUCUCUCUAUUCAAGAUGUGUGCAGUCCUUGGGUUUCAGUACAGUGAAAUGGGUCCCUUUGGUUUUCUUCUCUGCUCUUACCAAAACCUCCCACCCUUUUGUGUUUUUCUUCUCUCUCAUUGGCAGUGUGUUGGUAAUGGUUGGUGAGAUGCAGCCUGCUGAGUUCUGCAGCUGUCAGUCAGGUUGCAGAUAUUUGGGUGGUUGGCCAUCAGUGUAAGAUGUUGCUUUUCCCACUCUCUGGAGCCGAGGUUGACAUUCACAAAAUGUUCUUGGCUUUCACGUCUCCCUCUUGCUUCCGCUGUGAUAGCAGUACAUAAUGGAGCACUACCCACCACUGAGUGGUUUCAAGGCUUUUGGAGAACUAUAGUAGUUUCUUUCUUGACAGAAAUCACUGUUAAUUGUAAGAUAAAAUGUCUCUCAGAGCCAGCUGGCCUGUCCUGAAAAUGUUUCUUUUCCAGAAGAAGCAACCACGAAUUCUACAGGUGAGUUUCUUGUACCUAAAGAGGCUGUGUUUGAGAUAUUGUACUUUUGUUCCCGUUCAGCCGUGGUACCUUCACGUUGGGUCAACCAAAUGUGUCCUGGAUCGUAAUGCCUAUAGGUUUGGACAGCAAAGCACCGCCACCUGCUUUUGUUCCUGCUUCUGCUGCUUGCAGGAACAGCAUGAGCUGAUGGCAGAAGGACAGAUGGGGAGGACCCCAGUGUGUUUCUGGGAGUGGAUGUGUUUAGCAUAGAUGGGAUUUCGUAUCCAAACCUCUGUGGUCUUCCCUUCGUGGCGUUUGUUUGGCUGAGUGACGCAUGGCUCACAUUAAUGAUGGAGUUCAUGGGUACCAAGGUUCUUGGAGUGUUGUUCUGGCAGUGCGUGCCUGCCUGCAAGAAGAGGCAAGGGCUUGACAUGUGGUGAGCAGCUGGAAAAAAUAGCUCUUCAUCGAGGUGCAGGGAGAGUGCUUGGGAGCUGUGGUUGCGCCAUGCCUUUUCAGCUUUCUUGGAGGAUUGGUUGCUGGGCUGGAUUUCCCGAAGGGAAGACUGCCCUGGAUUUCCUGAACUCUUUGGAGCCUGUUUCAUGAAGGUCUGAGUACCUUGGCCUUGGGCUUUUGUCUCUGAUGGCGGUGGAUUGUGUUCUGAUGUGGCAGAGCUGUUCUUUGCCAUGUGAUGGCCUUGCUGUGUUGUUCGCUGGAUCCUUGAGAGGACUGUAUGCAAGGAAGAAGCAAGCAUGUAAGCGAGAAAGAAUGGAAAGAAGGAAGAGAUGGUAUGGGAGAUGACCAGCAUCACCGCCGUUAUCUCUGCAUGCCGAAUGGAGGUGAGGAGCUCGGCAUCCUGGGUGCUCCAAGGCGCUGUGCAAGGCUUGAUGAAAGGUGGAGGAAGAGGAAUGGGAGCUCAUGCCUUAGGGCAUGUCCGUGCUGCAUGGGGUGAAGGUGAUGUAGUCAUCUAGAAAAGAUACUGGUAAAGGAGCCAAGGAAGAGACAAAGAGAGGACAGGGACGAGAAGGAGGAAGAAGAGCAGGAAGGAAGGAAAAAUGUAGAGAAAGUGAAGGAAACGAGAACGAAGCAAGCAACAGAGAGAAAGAAGAUAAAGGAUGAUAAGAUGGAUGAGUUUAUUAGCAUGCCCGAUCGCUCUGGAUUGCUGGACACAGAAAGGCGGGGAGGGACAUAAAGGGAGAGAUAACGAAAGGAGGAAAGAGUGGAAGAGAGGAAGUGAGUAAGGAAGGAAGAAAGAUGACAAAGACGGGAAUGAUGAAGAAACCUUAAAGCAGAUGACCAGGGCGCGCCGAUGUUACCUUGCAGGAGUAUCGCAGAAGGAAGGUGAAAGAGGAGGAAGAAAACUAUGGGAGUAAAAAGCAAGGAAGAAGGGAAGGGCUGAUGAGAAGAUGUCCAGGACGGGACGACAUCACCUGUAGACGCUGAACGGCUUCGGUCCCUAACAGCCUCCGCCUUGGUUAGUGUCCCUCUCUCCGGCACCGGUGGCCGGUAAUUAGCGCUGAUGGCCCGCAAUUAGCGCGGACGGCCCCGGCAUUGAGGGCCACCGCCGCGGCGGUGAGGGGACUGGCGAUGUGCCAGCGUGGGGUAAAGGAGGGAGCAUGGUGGAAAAAGAAGGGAAAGGGGCGUAAAGGAAAGGGCACGGAAGGCAAGAACGAAAAGGAUAAGGGAGAGAAGGAGGAGGCGGAAGAGGCGGAAGGAGAAAAGAGCAGAAAGAGAAGAAAGGAACGAGGCAAGAGAAGGGAAGAAAAGGAAUUGUGGGAAGAAAGAAGGGGACCGUACGAAAUGAAACGUCAGAAGGAGGAGGAAGAGGAGGAAGGCAGGCAUGCAAGCCAAAGGCAGGCAGUGAGGAGAAGGACAGCAAGAGGAAGAGGCGGGGGGAGCAGCCGAGCGAGCGGGGAGGUGGCCGGCGCGGGUCCGCGGUCGCUGUCGGGGAGCAUGCGAGGCGGCGGAGCAGCACACGGUGUCGCUGCAGGCUCAGGAACGGCGGCGGAGCGGCGCGUCGGCUCCGCCCCGGUGCGGCGGAGAGCCCGGCUGUGAGCGCGGGGGGGGGCGGCGCGGCGCGGUGCGGUCAGCAGAGCCGGCGCGUCCGGGCGGCGGCGGGGAGCCGUGCGGGGCCCGUGCGGGAAGGGCGGCGGGUGCGAUGGGCGUGUGGUGGGCGCCCGCGGUGCGGGUGCUGGUGCUGCAGGCGGCCUGGGCGCUGGGCGGCGGGCAGGUGCGCUACUCGGUGCCGGAGGAAGCCAAGGCCGGGACGGUGGUGGGCCGCCUGGCGCAGGACCUGGGCCUGGAGGCGGGCGAGGCGGAGGCGCGGCGGCUGCGGCUGGUGGCGCAGGGCCGGCGGGCGAGCGUGGAGGUGAGCGGGGCGAGCGGGGCGCUGGUGGUGAGCUCGCGGCUGGACCGGGAGGAGCUGUGCGGGAAGAGCGCGCCGUGCGCCCUGCGCCUGGAGGUGCUAGUGGAGCGGCCGCUGCGCGUCUUCCACGUGGAGCUGGAGGUCACCGACAUCAACGACAACGCCCCGCUCUUCCCCGCCGCCCGCAAAAACCUCAGUUUAUCGGAGAACUCCCCCGCCGGGUCCCGGUUCCCGCUGGAGGGCGCGUCGGAUGCAGAUAUCGGAGCCAACGCGCAGCUCUCCUAUGCGCUCAGCCCCAACGAGCACUUUACGCUCGAUGUUAAGUCCUCUGAUGAAAAUAGGAAAUCCCUGUUCCUGGUUCUUGCGAAACCGCUGGACCGCGAGUCGGUGGCUGUGCACCGUCUGGUGCUGACGGCGAGUGACGGGGGCCGGCCGCCGCUGACGGGCACGGUGGAGCUGGUGAUUUCGGUGCUGGACGCCAACGACAACGCGCCCCAGUUCAACCAGUCGGUAUAUAAAGCGCAGCUGCCGGAGAGCGCUACCGAGGGGACGCUGGUGGCGCGGGUGAACGCCACGGAUCCGGACGAGGGAAUCAAUAAGGACUUUUCUUACAGCAUCGUCAGUUUGGAUCCUGCCGGUAACAGAGACCUUUUCACCAUUGAUCCGAAGACGGGCGAGAUCAGUCUGACGGGCGCCCUGGACUUUGAAGACGUGCAUUUACACGAGAUACAAAUCGAAGCGAGAGACAAAGGCUGGCCGCCGCUGUCGGGUCACUGCAGCGUGGAGCUGGAGGUGCUGGACGUGAACGACAACGCGCCGGAGGUGUGGGUGACGUCGCUGUCGGUGCCGGUGCCGGAGGACGCGGCGGUGGGGACGGUGGUGGCGCUGCUGAGCGUGUCGGACCGGGACUCGGGGGCGAACGGUCGCGUGCGGUGCGCGGUGUGGCCGGCGUCGCCGUUCGGGCUGGUGGCGACGUUCGCGGGCUCGUACUCGCUGGUGCUGCGGGAGGCGCUGGACCGCGAGCGGGUGGCGGAGUACGAGGUGGAGGUGCGGGCGGAGGACGGCGGGGCGCCGCCGCUGCGCGCCAGCCGCGGGGUGCGCGUGCCGGUGUCGGACGUGAACGACAACGCGCCGGCGUUCGCGCAGGCCGUGUACACGGUGCUGGCGCGGGAGAACAACGCGGCGGGCGCGGAGCUGGCGCGGCUGUGGGCGCGGGACCCGGACGAGGCGGGCAACGGGCGCGUGAGCUACUCGGUGGCGGAGGGCGGCGGCGGCGCGGUGUCGGGCGGGGUGUGGCGGUCGGCGUCGAGCUACGUGUCGGUGGACGCGGAGAGCGGUCGGCUGUGGGCGCUGCAGCCGCUGGACUACGAGGAGCUGCAGGUGCUGCAGUUCGAGGUGCGGGCGGUGGACGCGGGGGAGCCGCCGCUGUGCGGCAACGCGACGGUGCAGCUCUUCGUGGUGGACGAGAACGACAACGCGCCGGCGCUGCUGCCUCCUGCCGGCGGCGGGCCGGGCCCCGGGGCCGCGGGCGAGGCGGCGUCGGGGCCGGGCUCGGGGGCGCUGUGGGCGUGGGCGGCGUGGGGGGCGCCGGCGGGGCAGGUGGUGGCGAAGAUCCGCGCGGUGGACGCGGACUCGGGCUACAACGCGUGGCUGCGCUACGAGCUGUGGGAGCCGCGGGGGAAGGGCCCGUUCCGCGUGGGGCUGUACAGCGGCGAGGUGAGCACGGCGCGGGCGCUGGAGGAGGCGGACGGCCCGCGGCAGCGGCUGGUCAUCGUGGUGCGGGACCACGGGGAGCCGGCGCGCUCGGUCACGGCCACGCUGAGCGUGUCGCUGGUGGAGGGCGCCGAGGCGGCGCUGGCGGCCGCGGGCUCGUCGGGGCCGGGGCCGGGGCUGCGUGCGGCCGCGGGCGCGGAGGGCGGCGCGGCGGCGGCGGCGGCGGCGUCGACGAACGUGUGGCUGGUGGUGGCCAUCUGCGCGGUGUCGAGCCUGUUCCUGCUGGCCGUGGUGCUGUACGGGGCGUCGCGGUGGGCGCCGCGGGCGGCCGUGCUGUCGGGGCCCGGGCCGGCGACGCUGGUGUGCGCCAGCGAGGUGGGGAGCUGGUCGUACUCGCAGCGCCAGAGCCGGAGCCUGUGCGUGACGGACGGCGCGGGCAAGAGCGACCUGAUGGUUUUCAGCCCCAACUUCCCGCCGCCGCCCGGCCCCGCGGCGAAGGAGACGCAGCCGCAGCCGCCCGCUCUGCUGGACACGGUCAGUGCCCCCCCCUUCCCCGCCCCUUCCCGCGACGCCCCUGCCCCUCUGUCGCCCUUGUUGCCCGCCCCCCUGGCCGGCGGUGGCGGUGGCCGUGCUCAGCCCCCGGUGCCCGAGGGUGGUGGUCGCUGGGCAGGUGCUGGAGGCUCCUGA